AUGGUGAAUUACUACCAAGUACUAGGGGUGCCUCAAAAUGCUUCCCCUUCUGAUAUUAAGAAGGCUUACCACAAGUUAGCUCUUCAGGUACACCCAGACAAGAACCCAGAAAACAAGGAGGCAGCUGAGGAGAAAUUCAAACAAGUAGCAGAGGCCUAUGAAGUCUUGUCUGAUGCCGAGAAACGCAACAACUAUGACAAGUCCAGAGGAAGCAGCAUCAAAAAGGGAAAUAGAGAAGACAACAGAAACAGAAACCAUUUGAAGGAGGAACUGUGGUUUGAGAGGCCACACGGUGGCUUUCAAAAUGUCUUUGAAGAUGAAGACCUCUUCUCAGGAGAUUAUUUUUCCAUUGGCCAUUUGGGUAGAGCCAGGAGAUUCCGCUCCUCCUUCUUUGAUGUGACCCCCAUAUCGGACACAGGAUUUUCCACUUUUAUAUCCCCGGUUUCCAGACCAAGUCCCCCUUCCUCUGGGACGUUUGUACCCUUUGUAAGCAGUGGAAUGGGAAACUUCAGACUGGUGACCACUUGUAGCCAGACAGUGAAUGGCAAGAGGAUCGUUACAAAGAAAGUUUUAGAAAAUGUGAGGAGAAAGACUGAAGUGAAGAAAGAAAGCCUAUUUCAUCAGAUUCCUCCACAUCAUUGUGAAUUUCCUGAACUUAAACAGAAAUAUGCCUGCAUCUGUCUGGCAAAGGGUACGAUUCAGGCAGGGAGCACACUCCCAGAAAGGAAGCAGAAGAUGGAUUUGGAAUUGGAACACAUCCCUUUUCUUCCAGAGCCUAUACCUUUCCACUUAGCAGUCAUUGAGAACCUCCUAGAUGCCAGGCACUGUGCUAGGUGCCUUACGUGA